AUGCGUCCUGCUCGUAAGUACACCACAGCCUUAUAUGAUCUCAUUUACUCACUGUGCUUCACAGCAUUGGGUAGCGAUGCUGUGGUAGGAACCAUACAAGCAACGACAGACUGUGAAGCAACUUGGCAAUUGGUUAGGACUUGGCUUCAGACAUGCGAAGAAUCUCACCCAACAUAUGCAAAGCGCCACAUAGAAUCAAUCCUUCCUACACGACUGAUCUCCGUAGGUACCACGAAUAGCGAGCUGAAAAUUGUACCUUCGCAGCUCCUGUCCUCUGACAUACAAUAUCUCACGCUGUCUCAUUGUUGGGGGAACAAAAUUUUCACGACACUUAGAAUGGAGAAUUACUCUGACUUCUUGACCAAUAUCCCGGAAGCUGGUCUCAGCAAGACUUUCAGGGACGCCAUCUAUACCACAAGAGAACUGGGCUUCAAGUAUCUUUGGAUCGAUUCCCUCUGCAUCAUCCAGGGUGACGACACGGAUUGGCAAACCGAAUCCGCUCUCAUGGGACACGUGUACUCCAACUCUUCUCUCAAUCUCGCCGCAGCUGAUGCACCGGACGGUGAUACCAGUCUUUUCUUUGACAGAGACGACACCCAGUCGCUUGCAUGGAGAGUAUCAGUCCCAAUCGUGUCAGGAUCCCACGAAACCAGGGUCUGGGACUGUGAACUUGCAUCCCUGGCAGAGGACACGAUAAGUCAUUGCGUACUGGGCACCCGAGCAUGGACUUUCCAGGAAAGGUUUCUUUCUUCAAGGUCGCUAUAUUUUGGACGUGCUCAGACAUGAUGGGAAUGUCGUACUAUCGUGGCGCAUGAACUAUUCCCCAACUCAAUCGGGCACGAUUUUGAUUCGGUCACCCAAUUAUGCCACAGUCUCAUGGAAGGAGAACCAGACUUCGAUGUUGCCACUGCAUGGUACAGAGUGGUUCUCAAGUAUAGCGGUUGCAGUCUAACUUAUGCUCGCGAUAAAUUAGUUGCUGUUUCCGGCGUUGCAAGGCUUCUUGCUCCA